ACAAUGAGGUGGUUGUUUUCGCUUCUAUUACUGGCGCUGCUAGGCGCCGUGCAGGCGCUGAGUUACACAGGGGGAAGGCUACUGGUGGUGCUCGAGGAGCAGAGCGAGCGGGAGAAGUAUAGUGUGUUUUUGGAGGAUUUGGCCGCUCGAGGCUUCCAUACGACCGUAGACUCUCCGAAAUCAGACAAGCUCUCCCUCUUCAGACAUGGCGAACGAGCCUACGACCACGUCAUCCUCCUCCCCGGGAAGUCGAAAGGCCUUGGACCAGCCCUUACCGCGACCCAAUUCCUCGAUUUCAUGAAGAAGGAGGGCAAUGUCCUAGUUGCCUUGUCCAGCGAUCAUGCUACACCCACCGCCGUCCAAUCGCUGCUCCUCGAGCUUGAUAUCCACGUCCCGUCAGACAAGGGCGCAUUGGUGGUAGACCACUUCAACUAUGAUUCUAAUUCCGCAGCAGAGAAGCACGAUGUUCUCCUGCUUCCGUACCCGAAACCGCUGAGGCCAGAUGUCAAGAACUACUUCGCGGGCGAGGGCUUCAUUGCGGUCCCCCGCGCUAUAGGCCAGACGCUUGGCAACGAAUCUCCGCUCAUCGAACCUAUCCUCCGUGCACCGUGCACCGCAUACAGCUACAAUCCCAAGGAUGAGGCGGAUGCUGUUGAAGAUCCAUUUGCUACUGGCGAGCAGCUGAGCAUCGUCUCCUCUAUGCAGGCUCACAACUCCGCCAGGUUGACUGUGCUCGGUGCAGCCGAGAUGCUGCAGAACGGCUGGUUCGCGGAGAAGGCCACCCUCAAUGGAAAAGCUAUCAAAACCGCGAACCGCGAUUUUGCACAGAAGCUCACAGCUUGGACGUUCAAGGAGACUGGCGUUUUGAAGAUUGGCAAGCUCUUUCACUACCUCGAUGAGGGUGUGAGCAAGAAGCUCAACACCAGCCUUGCUAUCCCGGAGAACAACCCCAAGAUCUACCGCGUCAAGCAGGAUGUUGCCUUCCAGGUCGAAAUCUCCGAAUACCAAGGUGACCAUCUCGCCCCCUACUUCCCCGCCCCCGGAGACUCCGUCCAACUCGAAUUCAGCAUGCUCUCGCCCUUCCACCGCCUUAACCUCACUCCCAUCUCCCAAACCGCAAACUCCACCAUCUUCGGUGUGUCCUUCAAGACUCCCGAUCAACAUGGCAUCUUCAACUUCCGCAUCAACUAUCGCCGCCCCUUCCUCACCAACGUCGACGAGAAGAGGCAAGUUACGGUCAGGCACUUUGCGCAUGAUGAGUGGCCGCGAAGUUGGCAGAUUAGCGGCGCUUGGGUGUGGAUUGGAGGCAUCUGGGUUACGGUUGUGGGAUGGGUGGCUUUUGUGGCGGUUUGGUUGUAUAGCGCGCCGACGGAGAAGAGUGUGAAAAAGACGCAAUAGAAAAAUUAAACCGAGAGUCAAAGGGAAAGGUUGGUUGCAGUGUGGGGUUAGGCAGAGGUUAGAAGUGAUUCACAAUUACCAGAAUCAUCUUGUGAUAUGUACAAUACGGAGUUUAGGACAAAAGGGUUACCCAAAACUAUGGUUAGAGCAAUGGAAGAGUCUCCCACAGCAGUACCCUCUGUUCAACUCUUUCCUUAAUCCUAUCCUAAUAGUAGGC